AAUUCUGAUGGGUUUUUAAAUUUUUUCACCUGUAACAACCAGAGACACUGCAGCUUCCAGACCUUGUCUGUUGAUUUUAAAAUUCAGAAUGCUCUUAAAAAGCUAUGGCUGGCAAUUAAUAGAUAAAGCAGUACAUGUAGGAUAUAAACUGUACAGCAGAAGGAGUUUUCUCUGGUAGUUAAAGUAAUCUGCAAGACUGAAUAAUAAAUGAAGUAGCUUGUGCUUGCAGAAAUGGCCUAACCACAAUCUACGAAGCACAUGGAGUUUAUAGUAAAGGAAGGAAGGAAUAAAUAACUUACUGGCAAGUUUCAGUAAUGGUCUGCCUUAUCAUGGGUCAGAGAGCCUGUAUUUCCUCAAAGCAUUUGCUAAACUUCCUCUUACACAGCACAGGGCAUGGAAGAGCAGCAGUGUCACCUUUGGUGGGUGUUUCUGUUUGCUUUCUUUGCUGCUACUUCCCUAUUCUCUAAUCCUUCUCACUUUGAGUUCUUCCCUAUUUCUGGUCUCUCUUUUCCUUUUCUUUCUACUGUGUGCCCUCCUGACCAAUCUGCCUUUCACCUUUCUCUGCUUCUGGGCCAGGCAGAGAGAACACACCAUAGAUUUCACAAAGUGGGGGAAAACUUGGUGUGUUUGUGUGUUCUGGUGCCUGAAAGAAGGAAAGGUAUGAGAAAAGUAUUCACAUACUUCCUGUCUGUUUUAUAAGCUUACAUUUAGACUGGAUGUCCACACAUGGAAUUGUGUCAUGUUUGUUUGCUUUGGUAAUGGUCCUGUGUUAUCCUGGUGGUUGAUCUGCACUUCAAUCUGUAUUUUGUGUCAUCAGCUUGAGGUUAGCAGAUUAACAUUUUAAUUAACACCAGCACAUUCACAGCACUACAAAAUGCUUGAGUCUGUCUGUUCAUGUUGGGCUCUAUAUUGGAACAGGUUUUCAACGUGGUUUUGUUUCAGUUUUGGAAUAAACAGGUUCUAUAGCCCAGAUCCCAUAAUCUGUCCACAAAACCUCUUCAGUGUGUUUAAAACAUUUCCAAUAGUCAGGGGAAAUUUUACCAGAAAUCUUCCACAAGCUAGGCAUUGUGAUAUUUAAGCAAGACCCCUUUUCAAACAGCACCUUGUGAGCUUGUGUCUCAAUGAGGGAGCAGCUGUUAUAUCAUCUUGCACUAAAUCUCUAACUGUUCCAUUUGCUGCAUUUCUUCUAACAACUCCUCUGUCAAAAAAAAAAAAAAAAAAGGUUGAGCAGCAAACCAAUUUUUUGGUUUGGCAAUGCCAAGUGUCUUCCUUUUUUUUCAUUGGAAAGAUAUGGCCUUUGCUAUUUAAUUUUGAGGAUGUUCCCUCAUUGGCUUCUACUGACUGCGUGAGUUUUCUGCUGCAGGUAGGAGAAUGCUGGGACUGGGAGCAGAAGCACCAGCCUCCCUGUUCUUUAUGGCUGGCUGCACAUGUCUCUGGUUUUAAGGUGGUUGAACUACCUGGAGAAAAUGGAAGAACUUGACGAGGUGCAGCAGCAUUACAAAACUAAAAACCACAGAAGGUGCAGUGUGAAUUGUGCAACUUCCCAAGGGCUGCUGAGCUUGUGGUGGGAGAAUCAGUGUGGACAUGGUCACUUCACCAGGGCCCUGGCACAUAAGUGACCCCUCCAAAGUGAAACCAGGGCAGUUACCUCUGCUCUGAGCUGCUGGAUCCUUCACCCCCAGAGUUACCUGUUGGAGGAAGGCCUUGGUUUCAUGUGAGAGUUUGUAAAAUCAUGGAAGUGUUAGGUUGGAAAAGGCCUCCAAGAACAUCAAGCCCAACUGCUAUCCCAGGUCCCCCCCUAAAUUUAGCACCACAUCUACACGUCUUCUGAACACCUCCAGGAGAGGUACCUGUGAGGAGAAGACCCCCUUUCUCCGGGGUCCCUGCCUGGCUGGAACAAUUCACAGCUGCUGACUCAGGCCAGCCUCUGGCACUGAUUAACCACUGCCAGGGCCAGGCAGGGGGUGGGAUGGCCACGGAGCAGCGAUUGGUUUGUGCCUUAGGGCAGAGGGUGGGAUUUGAUGCCCCUCUGCUCUGGGUUGCAGCACCUGGAGAGGAUCUUUUUCCGAGGAAGGCACAAAGCACCUGGGAGGUGGGAGCUGUGUACAAGCAGGGGGUCAGCAUGUCUUUCAUCCAGGUAGACAAGGACUCGGAUUUUCCUCUCCAAAACCUCCCCUAUGGGGUUUUCUCCACGAAGGAGGAGCCUCGGCACAGGCUUGGGGUAGCCAUUGGAGACCAGAUUUUGGAUCUCAGCAUCAUUAAACAUCUUUUCAAUGGACCAGCUCUUGCCAAACACCAGCACGUCUUUGACCAGCCCACCCUGAACGCCUUCAUGGGGCUGGGCAGGCCGGCGUGGACCGAGGCCAGGGCUUUCCUCCAGAAGCUGCUGUCAGCUGGAGAGCCCACCCUGAGGGACAACGCGGAGCUGCGGAGAAGAGCAUUUGUUCCUCAAGCUGCUGCGACGAUGCACCUGCCUGCCCACAUUGGAGACUACACCGACUUCUAUUCGUCACGCCAGCAUGCCACAAACGUUGGGAUCAUGUUCAGGGGGAAGGAGAACGCUCUGAUGCCGAACUGGCUGCACUUGCCUGUGGGUUACCACGGCCGGGCGUCGUCUGUUGUGGUGUCUGGGACGCCCAUCCGGAGACCCGUGGGACAGAUGAAGCCUGACAAUGAUAAACCCCCAGUGUUUGGUGCUUGUAAACGUCUGGAUAUCGAGUUAGAAAUGGCAUUCUUUGUAGGUCCUGGGAACAAGUUUGGGGAGCCCAUUCCCAUCAGCAGGGCCCAGGAGCACAUCUUUGGGAUGGUGCUGAUGAACGACUGGAGCGCCCGUGACAUCCAGAAGUGGGAAUAUGUUCCUCUGGGUCCUUUCCUGAGCAAAAGCCUUGGCACAACCAUCUCUCCGUGGGUUGUCACCAUGGAAGCUCUCAUGCCAUUUGUGUUGCCAAACCCUGUCCAGGAUCCUAAGCCGCUGCCCUACCUUCAGGAUAAAGAGCCCUACACUUUUGACAUCAAGCUCUUUGUUGCCAUUAAAGGAGAAGGAAUGAGCACACCAACUACUAUAUGCAGAUCCAAUUUCAAGCACAUGUACUGGACCAUGAAACAGCAGCUGGCUCACCAUUCCAUCAAUGGCUGCAACCUCAGGCCUGGAGACCUGCUGGCCUCUGGCACCAUCAGUGGACCUGAGCCAGAGAGCUUUGGCUCCAUGCUGGAGCUGUCCUGGAAUGGAACAAAAGAAAUCCCUCUUGGCAGUGGGCAGUCUCGUAAAUUCCUGCAGGAUGGAGAUGAAGUAAUUUUGACAGGUUACUGCCAGGGCAACGGCUUCCGUGUGGGAUUUGGCCAGUGCUCAGGGAAAAUCCUGCCAGCCCUGUCCAAUCCGUGAGGCCUGGAGUAAUGUGGCAUCCAAGGAGGAACCCUCCUCCCACCUCUACCAGUCAUCCUGCUUUAUUCAGAUUUAUUAUUUUUAUAUGAGUGAUUGUAAUCUUACAAUUUUUAAUUAUCAAUAAAUAUC